GUUAUAAAUAAAGGCUAUGAUUGGCUACAAUCUCCCUCCUGCAGAAUCUCAACCAUUGGUUUCUCAAGGCUAUGAUCGUAACAUUACAAAUUAAUUAAUUUAAAAAAUAGAAAUUAAUGAUCAUGAGUUAUUUUAUGACCUGGAAAGGAAGAAGGUAGGGUCCAAAUCGAAUGAAAUGAAAUGAAAUGGGGCUAGUGUAUAUUCGGUGGGGCCCUAAGAUGAGAGGAGAAUAGUUUGGUAUUUGUUGUACGCGGUGAUUUUGCUCUUAGUGUAUGUUAGGAUGCAGAGUAACGUCUUUGCUUAUGAUUAUAUUUUGGGGUGUUCUUGCCAACUUUCAUCAUUUCUAUUUUUUUUUUAUAUUCUCCUCAUAUGUUUCAACUAAACUCUUCCACCUCUAUAUAAACGCAUCAUUCUCCUUCCUAAAUUCUUCAAACUCUCUCUCUCUCUCUCACUGUGGCCAUGGAUUUAGAAGGUCAGGGUCUGAAUUUGGGGUUCUUUUGGGAAAACCAGCCAUGGGGUACUCUUUCCAAUUCUGAUAACAUAGGUGAGAGUAAAGAAAAGUUAGAUAUGAAGCCACAGAACAAGAAGGGAGAAGGAAAUGGAGAAGACACUCUUGUGUAUAAGAAGCGACGUCGAGGUAAUAGAACAGAGAAGAAUGUUGUUGCUGAUGGUGAAGGGAAAGUUGAUCAUGAAGUGCAUAUAAUGAUUGAGAGAGAAAGAAGGAAGAAAAUGAGGAACAUGUUCGGUACCCUUCAUGCUUUGCUUCCUCGGCUUCCCUCCAAGGCUGAUAAAUCAGCCAUCAUUGAGGAAACAGUGGACUACAUAAAAACCCUGCAACAGACCCUCCAAAAGCUUGAGAAACAUAAAAAAGAAAGGUUUCAAUCAUCUGUGGAACAACCUUAUGACUUGAGGGAGGGCUUUAUUCCUGAUCUGGGAUCUUCGACCAGCUUAUCCUCUAUAAUGGUGGGAAGUAGAACUUCUUCAAAUACUCCUAUUUCAUAUAAUUCAAAUUCUCUACAACCUGUGGGUUUUGAAACAUGGUCUUAUCAAAACAUAGUGUUGAACGUUACUGGAUUUGAAGCGCAAUUUUGCAUUUCUACUGCCAAGAAGAAAAGUACAUUAACCACUAUUGCUUUUGUUCUGGAGAAGUACAAGAUUGAGGUCAUUUCUGCUAACAUUGUAUGCAAUGAUAAUACAAAUGUGUAUCUCAUUGUUACCCAAGUAAGUUCGAAACUUUAUCCCCGACUUUAG